AGAGAGGAGCUGGAAAGCCUGAAGCUGGCUGUGGGGAACUCUGGAGGCCAUCUUAGCCUUUUUGGAAGCAGAGAGCUGCCAUGUGCACGGGGAAGUGUUCGAAGUGCAUUGGGAUCACCCUCUUCCCACUGGCAGUAUGUGCCAUCGUCUCCAACAUUCUCCUGUACUUCCCCAAUGGACAAGUGCUGCAGCUCAGCGAGAUAACUGAUUUGGUCUGGUUUUUCCAUGGCAUUCUGGGAGCUGGGAUACUGGUUAUUCUGCCGGCGUUCAUGAUGCUGGGAGCAGGUGGAGCAGGAUGUUGCGCUAACAGAUGUGGGAUGCUGCUGUCAGUGAUCCUGUCUGUGCUGGGAUUCGCAGGAGGAGCAUAUUGUGUGGUCAUCUCUUCAUUGGGGCUGAUUGGGGGUCCUCUGUGUGACACAGGUGAUGGAGAAUACCUCUAUCCUUUCAGGAAUGACACUCUAGAAGACAAUUAUUUGUUUAACCAGACAACAUGGAGUAUUUGCAAACAACCCGAAAACAUCAUCCUUUGGAAUAUCGUCCUUUUCUCUAUUCUUCUGGUCAUUGGUGUGAUUGAAGCUAUCCUUUGUUUCAUUCAAGUCAUCAAUGGACUCACUGGCUUCAUAUGUGGCACAUGUAUGAGGAGAAGAAAGACAAAUAUUUCUGGAAUGUGAAUGACCUACAAGGAAUACCAAGACAAGCCCCGAACUGCCAAUUCACAUACAAAAAGGAUGGUGCACUGUACUGUUUUACUUAUGGGGGACAACAAAAAAACAUGGUCAGGUGUUUCACAGGGCAAAAUGAUUUUUUUAUGAAGAAGUCAGGGUGGAAAAGGGCUAGAUCAUUUCAGUCUGAGACUCCACAUUUUCAUCUCUCUAAACAGACCUGCUAAACCUCAGGUACUGGCAUUAAUCUAUCUGGCCCUUACUGCUGUACUUGUGUAUAAAGCACAGCAGUCCUCAGAUAAAAGAUCAGCACUUGCCCUCUCAUGUAUGUGGGAAAUGCAGCUGCUGUUAAUGUGUACAUUUAUCAGCUGCAUGAAGCAGGUGCUCUCUGGCUGAUGUAAACAAUGUCCUGUCCUCCCCAAAUCCCACUGUGAGCUCACCUGUCUGUUCCUAUUAAUAUUCAACUGGGGCACUCACAGAUUUGAAUGAGGUUGAGCAGAGAAUAUAUAGAGGCAACUGAAGAAUGUGGUUUUCAGCUUCUUUCUGCCACUUUAGAGCCAGAUCCCCUUGCCAAAGCCCAGUGCACUUCUAAAUUGGUUCUUCAGGAGCAUCUGAGUGUUGUGGCAGCCUUAGGGGAGCAUUUGGGUCAGCACAGACAGCAGGGUUUGCAGCAAGAGUUUAAAAUGUCUGGUUCAACAAAAGGGUGAAGAACCUCACCACCAAUUUUGCCUUCAUAAAACUGCCUAAGAAACUCAUUAACUUCCACACAGGUCUGUAGGACUGUUCUAGAACAGAGCACACAGAUCAAGGAAUUAACUCACCAAAGAUAAACACAGAUAUAUGUAGUAAUUACAUGCAGCUUAGUAAUAAAUGGAAGAUAUAAUCUGAAGGCAGCAAAUUGCAUCAGCUUUAGUUUUUUUGCAACAGUAAUACCAACCAGGAACUGCAUAAUUCCCCAUCAUCACUCUUGAAAUUGAGCUAAUAUGCAUGACUGGGAAAUUUCAGAAAACUCAUCAUUUUAGUGACUUCCUCAAAGAUUAAUUUUUGGACAUGAGCUUUCCUCUGUCAGCCAAAUCAUGAAAUAAUCUUAACCCAUCCUGAAUGCAUGUAGGCAGCUAUGAAAACCUGAAUAUAUUUAAGGCACUUGGAGCCUAUUUUUCCUGAUUUAUGUUUUCUCAAAGUUGUUCGUAUUUCUGCACUGUAGCAUUGGAGCAAGCUCUUUCUUGCAGACAUACAUGGCUGCUUGGGCUGUGCAGCAGGCAAAAUACUUCACAUUCUCCUUUAUAUAAAAUGGAGAAGAAAAUGUCAGUUGCCUAGAUGAGGAGCAUAUGCCCCUUGGAGCAUAGUUUCACCCCUAGAAGCAAGAAAUUUAACCUAUAAAACUUAAAUGUCACUUCUGUAAAGAAGAAAGGGUAAGACUUGCUGAAGUUUGCAAUCCAUCACAGGUGCAUCCAAACCUGCCAGGUGGCUUGAAAGGCUCAUGUUCAUUGCCAGCAGUGAAGCAUGGACAGUGCAACCACAUACAGCAGACAGCAAACCAGGAGAAGAGUUAAAGGGGCAGUGGGAAAUGAGGAUAUUCACAUGUAGUCAGGUGGAGAGAGACUCCUUCAUCAGCACAGGGGCUCUAUGAACUCUUCACAGUCCCACCCUUCCUCAUCCCUUAGUUUUGACUCCCUGAUUCUGACCUCUGGAAUAAAGCCAACUUUGGCUGUGCUAGCACCAGGAGAGGAAGAGAUACCCAUUGGCACAUCUCCGGCACAGAAGAAUAAGUGCUCUGUGUUGCUGUCAUCUGCUUGUUCCAGGCUGUCCUGCCCUGGGGAUGUCUGUGUGCUCUGAGAACACCCUCUGUCCUGCCAACUGUGUGACCACUGGCCUCA